AUGGGUGGUGAAAAUUUAGAAGAAGAAGAUUAUUACCAUGGAUUGUUGCCUCGAGAAGAUAUACCACAUCUAUUAGUUGAGGAAGGUGAUUUCCUUAUUCGGACAAGUGAAACAGCACCAAAUCAAACGCGGCAAAUUAUUAUUUCAAUAUUAGUGGAAAAAAGAACCAGCAUUGUGAAACAUGUAGUGGUACAACAGACUCAUGGAAAGUUCUUGACCGAUGCCCAAGCAAGCUUUAGCAGUGUACCUCAGCUUAUUCGGUUCUAUCUCAAGUCUGGUGAACCUAUACUUUCCAAAUUGCCAUCAACGGUUUUGAGACGGGCUGUGUCUCGAGCUCCAUGGGAAUUGAGGCAUGAAUCCGUCACAAUUCAAAAAAAAAUUGGUGAAGGAGCAUUUGGAGAAGUUUUCAAAGGCACAUACAAAUUACAUGCUGGACGUGUAGUAGAUGUUGCCAUUAAAUUGGCUAAAACAGCUGAAAUGACUAAAGGUAAAAUCAAAGAAAUGAUGAAGGAAGCUCGCUUAAUGCGUAAUUACGAACAUCCCAACGUAGUUCGCAUGUAUGGCGUAUGCGUGGAACACGAGCCUCUACUAAUAGUUAUGGAACUGGUUGAUGGUGGGGCUUUGGAUGUUUUUCUUAGAAGAAACCAAGUCCCAGUUAAGACAAAAAUAGAAAAAAUAGUUGCCGGUAGUGCUUGGGGUCUAGAAUACUUACACUCAAGAAAUUGCAUACAUCGCGACAUUGCUGCCAGAAAUUGUUUGCUAACACGGGACGAGUAUCAAAUGACAAAAGCCAGCCGUGUACCCAUUAAAUGGCUCGCACCGGAAACAAUUCAGCGACUUGUUUAUACGUCAAAAACAGAUGUUUGGAGUUAUGGUGUGAUGAUUUGGGAAAUUUUUGCCAAUGCUGAGGAACCAUAUAAAGGGAUGAGUAAUGCACAAGUUAAGGAAAAGGUUGCCCAUGGAUAUAAAAUGGAAUUUGCAUCAGAGGCACCUGCGUGGAUUGUUCAACUUGUGCAUGAUGGAUGUUGGCAACUGGAUCCGAUUAAAAGAUCAACAAUGGGACACGUAGCACGUGAGAUAGAAAAACAUGCUGGCUUGAAACCACCAGUAGUCAAUGCUAUCCCGGGAACGACUGAUCCGAAAUCCACACAACAUUCUACAGACGCGAAGCGACGGAGUAUUUCACUGAAAAAGUCAAUGUCAACUAGAAAAAAAGGCAGAAAAUCAAGGAAAAAGGUAGCGAAAUAG